UUGACCUGGCAAUGUGACGUCGCACUUGGAUCUGUAUUCUUUUCUCUCUCUCUCUCUCUCUCUCUCUCUCUCUCUCUUUCUUCCACCUCCCUUGCGAGAUCCCUGGCAGUCUUCCCUUUCUUUUCUUUUCUUUUUCAUUGCUGUCACUCAUUGCUUCAUCUGAUUCGAUUUUUAUGUCUACAUACGCCUUUUUCUAAUUUUAAUCCUAGGGGUGAUAUGACUACUACUACUACUAUAGAAGCGUCGACCGGUUCUUAGGCGCGGGUUUCUUUUAUUCUUCAAAAAAUUUGAAAUCCAGAAAACGAUCAGAUUGGAGCUGCGCAGCUCAUGCUUGUCGAGGUUAUGUUCCCAAUAGCCCCAGUGUCGCUGGAUGGAAAUUUUAUGUAUCAAAAGCCGCUUUGUGCUGUGUCAAACCGACCAUGGAGAUCUAUCCUGCGCCUCAUGAGCCUAUGCAUCCCUACUACCACCACCAUCAAAUGAAUGCCAUUACCACAAGUUCAACUCCAACAAUAACGCCUCCCCCCUCGUUCCCCUUACCGUCCUACAGUUCCCCAACGAUCUCUACCGGUGAACGUCUGCUGUCGCCGUCGCCAUCGCUUUCGACGGGACCCCCAGGCGUCCUCUCCCUCCAUAACUACCGUAAGUCCCUGUCUCAGGUUGGCGACACUUCCCCGACUGUCGACGCGCAAGAAGGAAAGACGCUGCGGCGGAUGAGCGCGGCGUCCAAUCUCAACCGGACGACGACUCAGAUGGGCUCGACUUACCAUGCCUAUCCGUUCUCUGCGUCCUCGACAGCGUCGAGCCCCCUGCCACCGUUGUCUCCGUCGUAUUCACCUAGUACCCUGAGUGAGCAAUUGCCUGAAAUACUGGAUGGACUUAGCUUUCCGGGGUCUUCUCUUGUAGAUGUGAGCCACUAUGACAGCGUCAUGGAUGAGAAGCAAAGCUCAUACAAACUGUUGGACACCUUUCGCGCCCGACUAGAAAAGUUCCCCGACCCGGACCCUCCGGACCUCAUUUCCAUCCUGGGUCCCGGCCACAACAGGGCUCGCUCCGACUCCGUCCUCUUCAAAGCUAGACGGGCCAGAAAAGCAGCAGCCCCCACCACGGUAAUCCACCAAGGAACCUCAUUCGAGAUCCUUAACCCCCGUGAAUCUCUAAACGUUGCCCGGAUAGUCUCCUACAUCGAAGACGUAGAUGCCUACUCUAACAGUAACCAUCGAGACUCUUACCCAAACGCAUCAACCACCUUCCCUGCCGGCCACCAUGAUUCGUAUUGGGGAACCCUUCCUCCAUUCGAACCAGAGGCCAACCAAAAGGUUCACGAUGACCUUGUUGGCGACUCCCCGCACCACCCUAUGCCUUCUAUCUCGGAGCGCCUUGAGGAGCCAGACGCGGAGUCUUGCUACUCACCCUCUGUUAGACCUUUAUCUAGAACCCUAUCUAUGAUACGACCGUGGACUGCGCACAAUGAUAGCGAUCUCGGUGAACCGGGUCCUCCAGUUUCUUUUGACGAUUCCUCGAAUACCCCGCUUACCUCUCCAGACAGAGACGGAUACGGCGAGGGAUACGGCGAGGAAUACGGAAUUGGUAUCGGAACUGGAAAUCGAGAUAUCGGUAUUGAUAUCGCAGCCCUAUACGAUAUCGGCUACCUACCUGAACAGGGCAAAGGAACCGAUAACCCAACAACAAUCAUAUACAGCCAGCACAAGCCACUACGGAAGAAAUCCACCGUCGGAAGAAAAAAGAGGAAAGGAUUCUCGUCUCCUUCUACUUCGGGGUUCUUACCGUCUCGGAGUGCGCGUACGAAUAUCCCAAAUCCGCUAAAGCGAUUAAGAGGGAUUGCGCAUGCACUUCGCAAGAAGACAUUUCCAAGGGCGAAUUUGUCUUAGUACUCCUUCCUUCUUCUUUUUCGCUUUUUUUAUGUUGAUCUCAUUGCAUUGUUAUCUGGCGGGUUUUUUUUUUUUUCUUCUGACGGUGUCUUAUAUCAUUGGGUUCAUUUCUUACAUUUAUUCCAUUGAACUGGAUCAAAGAGAUCGUUGAACGAUCCAAGUCAAUUAAUACAGAGUACUAGAGUCUAGUAGUCCUUUGAUAGGUCUAAUACUAGUCUGUAGGCCGGAUGAUCACCAUGGGUCUGUCUCUAAUCUAUCUGUAUUUUGCCAUCUGGAUGAAUCCAUCAACCCAAUCGAGGAGAACAAGCAUGUUAAAAAGAGGUACUUGCUACUAAGUAGGAAACGUCAUUAAGAGUAUUUAUUAUUCUACAGAAAAAAAAAAAAAAAAAAAAAAAA